AGCGGAGUUCCUUUUCCUGUAAAUUCGGUCAUUAGACUAGAGCUUGUUUUCUGUUUGUGAUGUUCGUUUAGUGUUUGCAGUAAAAGACGCGACGAUGCCCGUGCAGAGUGUACCGGUGCGGGAUGUGUCCGUACAUUUCCGGUUACUGCAGCAGUAUCUGCUGCUGCUGAAAAAAUACCCCAUCCUCACAAAGUCUGUGACCAGUGCCAUCAUUUCAGCUUUAGGAAAUUUACUGUCUCAGUUUGUGGAGGCAAGAAAAAAGGCCAAGAAUGAAGUUUCCAUAAGUGAGAUUGACGCAGCCGCAGCUGCACGCUUCGCCAUCUAUGGAUUGAUCAUUACAGGACCAGUCAGCCAUUACUUCUACCAGCUGAUGGAGGUGUGGAUGCCCACCACUGAUCCAUACUGUAUCGUCAAACGUCUGCUUCUGGACAGACUUUUUUUUGCACCUGGGUUUUUGCUUAUUUUCUACUUUGUUAUGAACGUCUUAGAGGCUAAAGGAUGGAAAGACUUUGAACAGAAGAUGAGGCAAAGUUACUUGACCGCUUUAAAGAUGAACUGGAAAGUCUGGACUCCAUUUCAGUUUAUUAAUGUCAACUUUGUGCCUGUUCAGUUCAGAGUACUGUUUGCCAACAUGGUUGCCUUCUUCUGGUACGCCUACCUGGCUUCAGUGAGGAAGUGAGAUUUCCUGAAGAUCAGUGAUGAGUUGAUCCGUCAAGAGGAAUCUUCCCCUUACUGUGACUUUGGUGACCAGGGAUGUGGGACGUAACAGACAUAACCAGACACAAGAGCGUGACCCUGUUUCACAAUACAUUGCAAAUAAUUUAAUAGUUAUUCUGACACUGACAGCUAACACAGCUGUACCCUGAUCCCUUUAAACCACUACAACAGACUACUUUGUUCUAACAGAACAUGUACACAAGUAUGUUUAGAUUUUAUUUUUUUUUGCUUUAGAGCCAAAGUCUUUCAGGUUGUCAUACCAGAUACAUUUUAAUCACUCUGGGAACAAGACAUUUUAAAUAAUCUGUGCUAAAUGUUUGGUGUCUUGUUGUGGACUGUGCCAGAGAAACUUUUGCACUCAAUUUCUGAAAAUAAAUACAUUACAAAUGA